AAUGAGGUACAGCUUGUAAGCAUCGGACAUUCGUGGAAUGAGCAACACAAACAAACGUGUGGCUAGAGCCCCCCAAAAUUUGCCAAAAUGGCCUGCAAUACUAUUCUGUUGGCAUCCACCCAUCCCACAGUAAUAAGGAAAAGAAAAACAACACAUAUGGGCCAUGUUUGCACUUUAUUAAUUUUAUACUCAGUGUCAGAGACCUCAGUAGUGUGUGGAAGAUCCAUUCACAACAGCUUGACACCUCCUCCUCAUGCUGGUCACCAACCUGACCGUCACACACCUGGGCAACUCUUCACAAAAAGUUUCAUGUACUGUUUGUUUUCCUUUCCUUAGCUUACAGAUCCUGCUGCCAUGCUUCAACAAACUCUAUGAGCCAUCCCUUUCCCCCACACAGAGUUUGAAUGGAGACCUUGUGAAAAAACUGUUUCAUCAGAAGUCCAUCUACGUCAGACCUGAAAAAACCAUUUUAAGUGAGGGAAAAGAAUAUUCAUGUUCUGAUGGAGAAAGCAGCUUUUCAAAUGGCUCUGGUGUGGCAGAAAUAUCUGACACUGACAAAUGUGUUACAGCCAUUGGUAGUGCACCUGACGUUUCCAAAGAACUUGUCCCAGACAUCUCCAUCUCCAGUCAUACUCCUUCCAUGUCCAGUGGUGACGAAGUUAUAUGGUGUUUUACUACCCAAGACAUUUGCACUGAUGCACCUCCUAUCCCAGCUGACACCCUCACCAUGUCCACUAGUGCUGGUGUCAUCACUAUUGAUGAGACUGUCAACAUGUCCAGUGAAACUCCUGCCAUCUCCACUGGAAACAUUCAUGGCUUGUCGGUUGGCCCCACUGCCAAUUCAGGCGGUAACAGGCAUUUCAUCUUUGGGAAUAACACGUCCAGUGUGUCCCAUGCUCCUACUCAACCCAGUGCAUCUGGCAAUAGCACAUCUUACAGUACACACCUUGACCUAUUUGAGGAAGAAUACAUCUCUGAUGACCCUGAUCUCCAGGAAGCCAUUUCCAGGUCUUUAGAUUCCAGCACAAGACUUCUUUAUGUGAGGCAUCAACUGGACCAGAUGGCAGAUGCUGAGGUGGAGCAGGGUGCAGGAAGCAGGCAGCAUUCAUCAGACGAGGAGGACUACUUUUCAGCAAUGAAGUCCCGCAAGUCAGAGGGUUCUGGGGAAUUGGAGGGGUACCUGGCCUGUGCGUCAGACAGCAUGGACCUGCUCAAUUCCUUUCCAAACAUUAAGAAACUGUCGUUGAAGCUCAACACAGGCCUUCCUGCCUCAGCCGCCUCCAAGGAUUGGCUAGGAAGAGCUACACUGGGUCUGCCCGCCCCCGGCUACUGGGGAUUGCCAACUCCUGUAGCUAAAGAUUUGGUUUCCAUGGUGCAGAGUAUUUCCAAUUCGCCUCGCCUCAACUCGCCUCGCUUCCAGUUCUGCAACUAA